CUUUUGACAAUUCAUGUGUGAAAGGAAGACACUUAUUUGCGGGGCUUAGGCCGCGCUCGUGCUCUGCUUGUUGCUUCAGUGAAUAAACUGGUCUUCUUGUCUCUCCCUUCUUUCUGUUUCUGGUUGUUUUUCCCCCGUCCUCCGAUUCUCUGUCACAAAGUUCUAGUCGUCUCUUCUUCGACCUUCUUCCUCGCUUGGUGGAGUCUUUCGUUCCAGUCUCUCUUCUUCUCUUAUCUCGCGCCUCCUCGCGUGGUAUAAAAGACGCACUUAGAGAAGUCGCCCCGUCGGUGGCGGCGCCUCUGCUCAGUUCUCUCGGCUCUACGACGUUUGCUAGGACUCCCGCAAGUCCUUCAUAUGCAGGCUUCGCAGCAGCAGCUCGAUUGGAAAAGAGAGGAGGAACAUCCACUCCUACUUGGCGGAGAACGCGUUCGUCCAGCUCCUAGACAGGGGUGUCAGGCACUUUCCUCAUCUGUCAGGAAAGCUCAGCUUUCUCCUUUUCAACGAUCAACUCUCCGCUUCGUCUCAUCUUCUCUGCUUCAUUGUCCUUGCCAAAUCUGGUAGCCCCGUCAGCUUGUGGCUUCGCAAAGGUCUUUGUCUUGUUGUUCCUCUGGUUCCGUUUCUGUGCAUUCGCCGAUUUUCCCUGCAGAUUUCUUAGGCCUUCUCUCCCCGUUUCCAGUUAGCUUUCUUGAGUUUUCUUUGCUCGAAUGUGGAAGCGGUUUCCUCGCAGGCGUCUUCGGUUUUGCGACCCCCCCUCUUCGUCUGCUCUCUGCUUCGACUCUUCAACUUUCGCGGCUUCUUCCUCCCCCUUUUUCAGCUGAUCUCGAGGGUCUCUCUCUCUUCUCUCAUUUUGUAUGCUUCCUCUGACGCGGCUUUCUUCACUCUCUGUCGCUGCCUGUCUUCUGGUUCGCUGCUCUCCGCUCUGCCUCUCGCACUUCGUCUCCGUUCUUCCAUGACAAUACGGGUCUCCUAGGCAUUCUUCUCUGUCUCUCGUCAUUCUCCUCUCUCUCCUUGGAGUGCCUCCGUCUGUUCGUCUUCGCCCUCUCUCCUUCUUCUCUUCUUCCUUUCUUCUUCGCGUCUCUCUCGCGUUGUUGCCUUCCACUGUCUCCUCCUCCUCGCUCAACUAUUUCUCUGCGCGUCCGCAAUGGCCGCUCAAGGAGGCAGAUCCGCCUGGCGAGCUGUCGCCUCCAGUUUCUCCCGCUGGUGUCGCACUUGGGAUGCUGAAAAACGCGCAAACGCCAGAGUCCUCGUUGGAUCUCUCCUCCUCGCUGGAGCCGCCUGGUCUUGUGGAAAACGCGUCCCCGGUGGCUAUGUCGGCUUCAUCCAGUACCGAGACGGGAGUGUUACGCCGUAUCUCUGGGAGGAGCAAGCGGUCUUUCCGUUUCUUCCCUACUUCCAAAAGCCAGUGACAAUGCGUGUGUUGCCUGCCUACAAGAAGAUGAGUAAAAUUCUGAGGACGAAGGAUGGAAAGGAGAUAGAGGCUGCUGUGAAAGUGCGUCUGCAGCCCAAGGUGGCUUUUGUUCCGGAACUUUAUCUGCGCUUCGGACGCGAAUUCGGUCGCGCGUUUCUGCAUCAGGAACUGAGCAUCGACCUCCGAAGCGUUGUCAAGGAACACUCUUACGCGUCCCUGAUCAACAACGACGAAGAAACAGACAGAAUUGUCGACGAGAUUGUCGAGCGCUUCCAGGACGCAGCGGCCUUCCACAAGGUUAUCAUAACAGAAAUUAGUGUCGUUUUCAGAAACCCUGACGACGAUGAUGAGAAUGAAGCAGCAUGAGACUUCUGCGGAGAGGAAGGAAAAAGAGAUCGAUUUUGAGAAUGAAAAUAAAAUUUGUGUCAGCUGAUUUUCCUCCUUUGUCGCUCAGUGUUGUUUCUUUCCGGAUUCUUUGGUUUUCUUCUCCCUCUUGUCUUUCUUUUCUCUUUCCGUAUGUGUGCUUCCUCUCUUCCUCAUGUGGAGAGGGGAGGCACUCUGCGUGCUGCAAGUCGCUACGAGGGGAGACAGUGCAAGUUUUUCCUCUAGAUUUUAAAUUUUCUCUCCAUUUGCUUUGCUUGGGAGAUCGAGUGUCUCUCGCGUUUCAUGCAUGCACAGACUUCACAAAAACUUCUCUAAUCUGUUUCUUC